GUCAGCGCCGCGCGCCUUUCACCCAGGCUUCCUUCCCGUCCAGAUUCCGUUGCGGUGGGAGGUGCUCCAUCUCCUGCGGGUUCUUCGCCUCCAGCCUUUGCCGCCCGCCCGGUCCUUGUCGCCGUCUGCUCCGAGGCCAUGGAACUGGCGGACGGCGUGGUCUACCAGGAGGAUCCGGGCGGCCCCGGCCCGGCCAUGAUGUCAGAGCGGGUGUCGGGUCUGGCGGGCUCUAUCUACCGCGAGUUCGAGCGGCUCAUCGGGCGCUACGACGAGGAGGUGGUGGCCGAACUGAUGCCGCUGGUCGUGGCGGUGCUGGAGAACCUGGACUCGGUCUGUGCGCACAGCCAGGAAACCAGCGUCGAGCUGGAGCUGCUGCGGGACGACAACGAGCAGCUCCUCACCCAGUACGAGCGGGAGAAGGCGCUGCGUAAACAGGCCGAGGAGAAAUUUAUUGAAUUUGAAGAUUCUCAAGAACAAGAAAAAAAAGAGAUACAGAUACGAGUAGAAGCUUUAGAGUCACAAACUCGGCAACUUGAACUGAAAGCAAAAAAUUAUGCUGAUCAAAUUAGCAGAUUGGAGGAGAGGGAAGCAGAACUAAAGAAGGAAUACAAUGCUCUUCAUUCAAGGCAUACAGAGAUGAUUCACAAUUACAUGGAACACUUGGAAAGAGCAAAAUUUCAUCAGUUGACAGGAGGGGAACAGCCAGAGCCCAUCAUGCACAGUAGAAUUAGAAAGGAGCCUCCUAUAUCAUUGGGCAUCUUUCCGCUCCCUCCAGGAGAUGCACUUCUUACUCCUGAUACUCAGAGAGGAUCAGUGGAAACUCCUGGAUCAGAUAGUUGGAAGUUCCGUGAACUAAGUCAGCCUCGUUCCCGCACCAGCCUCAAGGAUGAAAUUUCUGAUGUUAGCCAAGCAGGGUCCAAAUCUACUACACCAAUCUUAACUGCUGCUUCAGAUGUGCUUAAGUCUGCUGAGUCUCCCCUGCAUGAAGACAAGGAAGGCCUUGCAAAGAAUUCUGAUUCAUGGAACCAGAAAUUGGACAUAAACAAGCACAUUGAAGUGCAGGUAGCCCAGGAAACAAGAAAUGUAUCUAUUGGAUCUAAUGAAAAUGAUGACAAAUCUGAAGUUCAGGCAAUCAUUGAAUCCACUCCGGAGCUGGAUAUGGAUAAAGAUCUUAGUGGAUAUAAAGGUUCAAGCACUCCUACCAAAGGCAUAGAGAACAAAGCAUUUGAUCGUAAUACAGAAUCGCUCUUUGAAGAACUAUCUUCUGCUGGUUCUGGUCUGAUUGGGGAUGUGGAUGAAGGAGCAGAUUUGCUGGGAAUGGGACGUGAAGUUGAAAAUCUUAUUCUGGAAAAUACACAACUACUCGAAACCAAAAAUGCCUUGAAUGUGGUGAAGAAUGACUUAAUAGCAAAAGUUGAUGAACUGACAUGUGAAAAGGAUGUGCUGAAAGGAGAAUUGGAAGCUGUAAAACUAGCCAAACAAAAGCUUGAAGAGAAGAAUAAGGAGUUGGAGGAAGAGCUUAGAAAAGCCCGUGCAGAAGCUGAAGAAGCAAGGCAAAAGUCAAAGGAAGAGGAUGAUAGUGAUAUUCCUACUGCUCAGAGAAAGCGAUUCACACGUGUGGAGAUGGCCCGGGUUCUCAUGGAACGAAAUCAGUACAAAGAAAGGCUAAUGGAGCUUCAGGAAGCGGUGCGAUGGACUGAGAUGAUAAGGGCAUCAAGAGAAAAUCCAGCUAUGCAAGAGAAGAAGAGAUCGAGUCUUUGGCAGUUUUUUAGCAGAUUAUUCAGUUCAUCGGGCAACACUACCAAGAAACCAGAACCACCAGUUAAUGUUAAGUACAACGCACCAACCUCACACAUUACUCCUUCAGUCAAGAAAAGAAGUAGCACCUUAUCUCAGCUCCCAAGUGACAAAUCAAAAGCUUUUGAUUUCCUCAGUGAAGAGUCUGAGGCCAGUAUGGCCUCACGAAGAGAGCAAAAAAGAGAACAGUAUCGCCAAGUGAAAGCCCACGUCCAGAAAGAAGAUGGCCGAGUGCAAGCUUUUGGCUGGAGUCUUCCUCAGAAAUAUAAACAGAUUAUAAAUGGUGGUGCUCAGGGUGACAGCAGGAUGAGGAAUUUGCCUGUGCCUGUUUACCUGAGACCACUUGAUGAAAAGGAUACCUCCAUGAAGCUAUGGUGUGCUGUAGGAGCGAACCUAUCUGGAGGGAAAACACGGGAUGGUGGUUCAGUAGUUGGCGCCAGUGUCUUCUACAAUGAUAUUGCAGCUACAGACAUGGACAAUGGCAAACCGAGAAGUGCAUCUCAAAAUAGCUUGGACAGAUUGGAUCAAGAACUCAAGGACCAGCAAAAAGAGCUGAGAAACCAAGAAGAACUGUCAAGCCUUGUUUGGAUCUGUACAAGUACCCAUUCUGCUACAAAAGUUAUCAUUGUAGAUGCUAACCAGCCAGGAAACAUCCUAGACAGUUUCAUUGUUUGUAAUUCGCAUGUACUAUGUAUAGCUAGCGUGCCAGGGGCUCGAGAGACUGACUACCCUACAGGAGAAGAAGGUUCACAGGAACCAGACUCUGGCGUAGUGGAUAAGUCAUCCUUGUGUGGCAGCAUAAAUAGCAAUAGUUCAGCAGAAGCAGACUGUCUGUUAGGAGGAAUCACAGUAGUUGGAUGUACAGCUGAAGGCAUUGCAAGUUCUGCUGCUAUCCACAGUGCCAAUACUGUUUCACCUGAGAUAAACAAACCGCCAGAUAUUACAGCUGAAAAUGAUGCAGUAGAUGAGCAUAUUCAGACAGCAGAGGAAGCAACUGAAGCGACAGAAGUCAGUGCUGGCUUGGGAGAAGAAGUAGCAGAUAUUGCACAAAGCGGCGUUUACACAGAACAUGUCUUCACAGAUCCUUUGGGAGUCCAAGAUACUGUAGAAGGUUCUCCAGCUUUCCAGUCUAGCAGUGAGUCUGAGUUGUUUAAAGAUGUUGUUGAAUUACCAAAUGAGCAGGAUCUUGUGAGGGAAGAAGCACAAAAAAUGAGUAGUCUUUUACCUACUAUGUGGCUGGGAGCACAGAACGGAUGUUUAUAUGUUCACUCUUCAGUGGCUCAGUGGAGAAAAUGUGUUCAUGCAAUUAAACUUAAAGAUUCAAUACUCAGUAUAGUACAUGUAAAAGGAAUAGUACUAGUUGCACUAGCCGAUGGAACCUUAGCAAUAUUUCAUAGAGGAGUUGAUGGACAAUGGGAUUUGACAAAUUACCAUCUCUUAGAUCUUGGCCGGCCUCAUCAUUCAAUCCGAUGUAUGACUGUGGUGCACGAUAAAGUCUGGUGUGGGUACAGAAAUAAAAUCUACGUGGUUCAGCCGAAAGCAAUGAAAAUAGAGAAAUCAUUUGAUGCACACCCAAGGAAGGAGAGCCAAGUGAGACAGCUGGCUUGGGUGGGAGAUGGAGUGUGGGUGUCCAUUCGUUUAGAUUCAACUCUCCGGCUUUACCAUGCACACACUUACCAGCACCUACAAGAUGUUGACAUUGAGCCUUAUGUAAGCAAAAUGCUAGGUACAGGAAAACUGGGAUUUUCAUUUGUGAGAAUCACAGCUCUGAUGGUGUCUUGCAAUCGCUUAUGGGUUGGGACAGGAAAUGGAGUCAUCAUCUCAAUACCAUUAACAGAAACUGUAAUCCUCCACCAGGGACGUUUACUGGGGCUGAGGGCCAACAAAGCAGCAGCAAGCUCUGGCAACCGUCCUGGCAAUGUAAUACGCGUGUAUGGAGAUGAAAACAGUGACAAAGUGACCCCUGGAACCUUCAUUCCUUACUGUUCAAUGGCACACGCACAGCUUUGUUUCCAUGGGCAUCGUGAUGCUGUUAAGUUUUUUGUUGCAGUACCUGGUCAGGUGAUUUGUCCCCAAGUGAGUGGAAGCUCAGAAUUAUCCGGUGAAAGAACUACCGUCUCUACACAGGAACCCAAUAGCCAGGCUCCUUUAAAAUCAGUACUGGUGAUAAGUGGAGGAGAAGGGUACAUUGACUUCAGGAUGGGUGAUGAAGUUGGUGAAUCCGAACCCCUUGGAGAAGCGUUACCAAUUGAGCCUUCCGUUGCCAAAGCUGAGAGGAGCCACCUGAUAGUGUGGCAGGUUAUGUGUGGCAGUGAAUAAGCUCCAAUAGAAAAUGGCUUGAGACUGCAAAAGCUUUUGCAUGUCUUCAGUUUUGUUUUGUUUCUGUGGAACCCAUUUCACUGCAUACAGUUUGAACAUUUCUUUGUCAUUUGACUUUAUAUCAUAAACCUCUCAAACCUUAAAACAGGAACCAGCUCGUGCUGUUUUACUGCAUCAGUGUUAUAAAGCGAGAAUAAAUUGGUCUUCCCAAGCAGAUAAAUGCCAUAUUUUGUCUCCUAAAUGCACCUUAUAGGCCCCACUGCAAUCUGUAACACAACUCUUUUUUCCCCCUACUUUCUACAAUGCUUUACGUUUAUAUUUUGAGCCGUUUUGAAUUCAUUUGCAUAAGGGUAAAACAGAAAAUUA